CGUAAUACCUGUGCCACGACAAACGGAGACCAAUGUACACGAGGACAGACGGACGCGUGGCUUCGCGACGGAAGUAAAGCGCUAGUCGGGUUUACGAUUGGUUGAGCAUUGCGCGACAGAUGAAUUGUGGCCAAUGAAUGUCCUUGCUCUCUGGACGAGGCCGCGACGACGUAAGCAAGCCUUAUUCGACCAUUAUGAACCGCUUGCGUAUCUGCGAGACCGCGGAUGCUUGCAUCAAACGAUUCUAAUUGAUUUUGAAAAAAAUCAAUUCGCAAUUUUACUCUUGUACCUAUUACGCGUGGCAAUAGCGGAUUGAUAUUUUUGAUAAAAGUUCCACGCUGCCGAUCGUAGAUAUCGAAAUACUUACUUGUUAUAUUUAUUGGAGACAAAUUUCAUUUCAUGCUAGACAGAUGUUUCAUGUUUUACAAUGUGCAGAAAUGUAAAGAAAAAUGCUUCGAAGCAUUCUAUAAUUACGAGUCACGAUUAAUUUUUUUAAUGAACAUUAUACUUCACAUUUGCUGUUCCUUCUUUUGAUUGUAAUUCUUUCUCUCUCAUGAUUUUUCCUUCAGUUUUUCUUUUUUCAUUGCCAAUGAUAAAAACGAUGUCAAAAAUGAUCUAAACUUUCUUUUGAUAUGAUUACUAAACUUUCUCAUCUAGCGGUAGAAUGGGAACUAGAUGUCGAUGGUACUCGGCGGUGGGGAUAAGGAAACAUCGAGGAACUCGCGGGGCAUUUUACGAUCGUCUUCGAAAGCUGCGACUUCUGUGCACUUCCGGCCUGGAUUCUAGAAGCACCUCCAGGCGCACUGAUUUAGUGAUAGUUGAUCAAUCAUUUUCUGAGAAAUAUUGCAAAUUUAAAAAUAUUUGCGUUACAACUGUUGCGGAAAUGUCUGGGCAUGGAUUCGAAAAGGCAUCUAGGAAAAUC